AUGCGUCUGGAUGUGAAGUAUAACCUCAUAGGCGAUGUCGGUGCCUACUACGCUGCAAAACUGCUUCAGAUAAACAAAACUCUCAAAUACUUGAGAAUGACGGGAAAUAAGAUUGCAAAUACGGGUGGCAUGUUUUUUGCUGCCAUGCUGCAGAUUAACUCGUCCCUGGAGAAACUGGACCUGGGCGACUGUGACCUGGGACUGCAAAGCGUGAUAGCAUUUACCACAGUGCUGACUCAGAACAAAGCGAUCAAGGCGAUAAACCUGAACCGACCUAUACUGUAUGGAGAACAGGAAGAGUCUACAGUUCACAUGGGCCACAUGUUGAAAGAAAAUCACGUCCUUGUUGAGCUGCACAUGUGUAAACAUGACAUGAAAAAUUUUGGCCUGCAGCAGCUGUGCAGUGCACUGACUCUCAACAGCAGCCUGCGCUACCUUGAUGUCAGCUGAUUGUCUGUAGUGAGCAACAAGAUAGAAGGCGAAGGGCUCGUUGCACUUUCCCAGUCGAUGAAAACAAACCUCG